CCUGUUCCACCCAGGCAGCCUGACCUGAGAUCAUGGUGAGCCAACAGGUGCACAGCAGGGGGCGAGUGGCAGCUGAGAGAAGGGGAGGUCACUCUGAGGACAAGAAACAGACACUGUUGGCGUUGCUGAUCUUGGUGCUAUAUGUGGGCACAGGAAUAUCAGGAAGAAGUUGGGAGGUGUCAGAAAGAAUCAGAGAAUGUAACUACGUCCAGAAUCCUAUGACUUCCCAGGUGUUUGAAUACCAGACCAAUGACCCCUCAGAAGAGCCAAUCAAGGUCAUCAGGACCUGGUGGAAGGAGAACUUGCAUGUUUUCGUGGAGAAGCUAGAGAAAGGGGUGCGAGACCUGGAACAGCUGGUGCAAGACCUGGAGGAGUGGCUCGAUGCCCUCCUGGGAGACGGGUACCCAGAGGAGCCCAGCGCCACCCUCAAAAAUCACUUGUGAGGGGCCAGGGCUGGGACCUGGGCAGGAGGCCAAGUGGAAGGGGGCAAAGAUUCCCAGGGGUUCCUCUAAGUAGGGCUGAGCUGUGACACUUGAAGUUUAAGGCAGCCAAGAAAAUAAAGUA